AUGGAUGAUCAGUCGACUAUACCAGAACCCGGCGGAUUCAUCCGGCAGACCGGCCUCCCGUCUCCGGCCCCAUCCUCAGCCUCCACCAGGCCCCUUGCCGGACUUCCUCACCCACGAGGUCACUCACUACGCCCGGGGUCAAGUAAAGAGGACAUGGUCCGUCGCUACGUCGAAGAGCGCCUCCUACACAUUUCACGCCGCUACGUCAAGAAAUUCGGCAACCCAAAUCCCGGAGAUGAGGUCGUCGGGUUCAAAUCCUUCGGCGAAGUCGCCAAGGAGCUCGACGGACUGGUAAACGUCCUGUGGAAAUCCGGAACACCGAGCUUGCAAAUUCCGUUUCUGUUGAAACUAGCCAGCGACUUUACGCAGUAUGUGCGGUCCUUCCCGCCCUCUCCGCGAGCAACAUUUGAGUUGCUGAGGAAACUGGACCACUGCUUCGCCAGUCUGUUGCGCGGCCAGGACAUGGACACAAAUGAGACCCUGCCCGGGUUUGAGAAUGGUCUCCGGGCAGGCAUGACCACGACCGACAUGGUCCGGUGUCGGAGUUUGGUGGAGCAGACGAGGGUCUUGAUCGUGGAGGUAUUGAGCAGCGGCGACGUGGAUGAUGAGGACGAUGAGGACGAGGACGAGGAUACGGAUAUGGAUAUGGAUGGCGGUGAAAGUGCGGCGGAGGCCGGCGGCAACCGGACCCCGACGCCGUGGGAUAUUGAGGAGGAGAGGUUGCACAUGGAUGCGGCGCGGAUAUACGAAAAUACUAUUGUGCAGCUGGGCGAGAGAUUGGGCGAUCCGUUGGGAAGUGAAAACAAGAUUGAUAGUUCUGCGGUGUGUUCGACUGCUGAUUAG